AUCAAACCUGAUCAGAUCUGAUCACCACUUUUUAAAAAAUGUCCGAGAGAUCAGACGAAACAAAGACAAAGGCUGAUUCUGCCGGAGAGUUAUCAGAUGUGGAUAACGAAAACUGCAGUAGCAGUGGAAGUGGUAGCGAGACGAAGAAGACAUGCGUUGAUUGCGGAACAUCCAAAACUCCUCUCUGGCGCGGUGGCCCUGCUGGACCUAAGUCAUUGUGCAAUGCUUGUGGGAUCAAGAGUAGGAAGAAGAGACAAGCGGCACUUGGAAGCAAACCAGAGAAGAAAAACAAAACAAGUAACAGUAGUGAUUCUGAUCUAAGCGUAGAUCAUCAUCGAAACGACAAGAACAAGAUCAACAAAGAUGAUGAUGAUCAUAGUAGUAGUAGUAGCAGCUGCAGCAAAAGAGUGAGUAAGUUUUUGGAUCUAGGAUUGAAAGUUCCGGUGAUGAAGAGAUCUUCUAUUGAGAAGAAGAAGCUAUGGAAGAAACUCGACGAGGAAGAACAAGCCGCCGUGCUUCUCAUGGCGCUCUCUUGUGGCACUGUUUAUGCAUAAACGAUGAAGAAAAAGCUUCUUUGUUUGGUAUCGUUUAGGGAAUAAUUAAAGUGAGAGGUUUUGAUUAGUUAUUUAAUUAACAUAGACAUAGAGAGAUAUUAAGUAUGACUGUGUAAUAGCUAGUGAUGUCGGGUUUUUUUGUCUGGUUCCCACUAAUGUUAUGUGUUUUUGAUAAUCAAGUUUUAAUUUUGAAGUAGAAGACAAUU